CAUGUUCUUCCAGAAUGUCAGAAAUCUACAAAAGCUCUGGAUCACUAACCUUUAAGAAUGGGAACUUUAUCCUGGAUGGGAAACCCCUCCAAAUAUUCAGUGGUACCAUGCAUUAUUUCCGUGUGGUUCCCGAGUAUUGGAGAGACCGCUUGAAGAAGAUGAAAGCUUGUGGAUUGAACACCGUGGAAACUUAUGUUCCCUGGAAUUUGCACGAGGAAUAUCCAGGCGAAUUUAACUUUUCAGGAUUAUUGGAUGUAAGGGAGUUUAUCCGACAAGCUAGCGAAGAAGGUUUAUAUGUAAUCUUCAGACCGGGACCUUACAUCUGUGCGGAGUGGGACUGGGGAGGCAUGCCUAGCUGGCUCCUGAAGGACCCAAACAUGAAAGUCCGAAGUAACUACUCUCCGUACGUUGAAGCCGUGAAGCGUUUUCUGGACGAGCUGCUACCAAGAAUAGUUGAUCAACAGCACGGUUGUGGUGGACCAAUUAUCGCUGUCCAGGUUGAAAACGAAUUUGGCUCCUACAACACUGAGGUUGAUCAUCUCCACACCAUUAGAGAGAUUCUUUUGAAGAAUGGUAUUAAAGAACUUCUUCUAACCUCUGACAAUAUAUUUGGAUUGAAAAGAGCACCAUUUUACAAAUAUGCCUUACCUACUGCUAACUUCCCAACUAUGGAUGAUGGAGCUAAACUAUUCAAAAUGAUUCGAGAAUGGAGUCCCGAAUUUCCUCUUAUGGUCAUGGAGUUCUGGCCCGGUUGGUUUGACCACUGGGGACAGCCACACAAAGGACUAGACAUUCUAGCGUUUGAAGCCUGUCUUUCCGGGAUCCUGGAUGCUGGAGGGUCUUUUAACAUGUACAUGUUCCAUGGAGGAACAAACUUUGGUUUCAUGGCUGGUGCUAAUUAUUUUGAAGGAUCACACUACAAACCCGAUGUUACAAGCUAUGAUUAUGAUGCACCUCUCUCAGAGGCAGGAGACGUCACACCAAAAUAUAUGAGGGCCAGAGAAAUAAUACUGGAAAAGGGAUUGAAGCCACAAGGAAUAACAUCUUUACCAGAACUUCCUCCAAAUUUGCCAAAGAAAGCGUAUGGUGAAAUUGCAGUGUCUCAGUUUUUAGAUUUAAAAUCUAUUUCGUCUCUAAUAACACCAAUAAAGGCUUUAGAACCGGUUUUAAUGGAAAACCUUGACUACCACCAAGGAUACGGCCAGUGUUUUGGAUACAUAUUGUAUCGAGCUAAAAUUACUGCAGGAGAAGAAUUAUUAUUCAGUGAAAUACCAAAGGACAGGACCCAAGUGAUAGUUAAUGGAGAAGAGAAAAGCUUACUGGAUUGGAUGAGCAAAGAUGGAAAAGUAGAAAUUACCAAUAUUUUGGACAACAGUACGUUAGACAUUAUGGUUGAAAAUCACGGAAGAGUAAACUAUGUUGAAUAUGGUUCUAACAGAUUCAAUGAGGAGAGAAAAGGGAUUAAUGGGUCCGUAAAGUUGGACGGAAAGGAGAUAAAACAGUGGGACAUAUUUCCAUUGGAUUUCAAAACCAAACUAUUGGACAGUAUCCGACAUUGCGCGGAAUGGAAACCAACCGCACUGACACCUAAAGGGCCAAUGGUUCUGAGAACAUCUUUACAGAUAGAUGACACUCCGUGUGAUACAUUUCUUGAUAUGAAAGGUUGGAAUAAAGGCAUAGUGUUUCUAAAUGGCUUUAACCUUGGAAGAUACUGGAAAAUUGGACCUACAAGAACUCUGUAUGUCCCUGCUCCGUUGUUAAAACGAGGAGAAAAUGAGAUCCUGAUCUUCGAACAACAUGUUCCGUGUAGUUCUAUUAGUUUUCUUGAUUCACCAUUACUUGGAGAAAAAGUGGAUACAAAGGAAGUAGAUACUGCAUGUUACCCAACAGAGACAGAUGUUGCACAGUCUUAAUCAUCAGUUAUUGUGAAAAAAAGCGUCCAAAAGUAUUAUCUUGUUGGCUGAUUAUAGUUAUAGUUUAAAGACAUUUGUCUCUAGAUUCCCUUUGUUGUUUAGAAUCCAAUGCAUUCAUAAUGAAGUGAAAUCAAUGAAAGGAAUGACAUUUGUUAUAUACAUGUACCAUGCACUUGCCAAGAGCAGCUACAUGUAAAGUUGAAAUUGCUGGCACAAAUUCUGUAAUGCAGAACUCUUACCAAUUUUCAUAGGCAUCAUAAAACAUGUAAUGGGUUUUUUUUUUUGAAAAAAUGUAAAUAAAAAAGUAUAUUGCA